AUGACACUAACGAUCUUCGCCAAGUUGGUUAUUCUAUGGAUCAGUCUUCUUUUAAUCCAGACGACCUUUGGUAUCGCAUUAGAAGGGGGGCAAAAAAAGCGAUCGGCCGCCGGACAGCUCAAUGAGCUAGCUGGGCACAAAAACCAUUCUGCUCGCUCUUUUUUCCCGGAGAAGAGAGACAUUACGGAUCAUUGGAUCAGAGUUCUCUCGAAAUUCGAUUGGCCGGAGGAUUUUGAAUGGACAAAAAAGAUCGAUGUUGCGAUUCUUUUUAAACAAAAACAAGCAGAAAGCGCCUCAUACCACGAAAAGUUCGAUGAAGAGAUCAAAAGCUAUUAUGGCCAGGACGUUUAUGAGGUUCAGAAAGAUGGAUCUUUCAAAGCUUACUGCGCAGAAUGGAGAUCCGACUAUAGACCAUUUUGCGUAAUUUCUGCCAGUGAAAUUAAGAUAUUCGUGGAAUUUAUUUCGCUGAAUGAAUGGCUUGUGGAUGGGAUGGCAUCAGUCAUAGAAAGUAGUCCGAUGCAGAACUUAAAUUUCUUUCUAGCUGUGCUACAAGCAACUGGGGAAGAUCCGCGGGCACAAAACCGCCAGCUCCCAGAGCAAUUCGAAGAAACGCCAAACAUAGCAAGCAGAAAUACACCCGAUUUAAAGCCAAAAAUCCUCAAAACCUCCAAAAGAUCAAAGUUGCGAAAGCGCUCGCCCGUGAUGAUAGCGGAGAGUACUUACGACGUUCGAUUUCUAGCUACACCUCCACCCAGCUUAGAAGAAACAACCCGGCAAAAAAUUCUGACCCACGGGGUCCCGGAAAAUGCAUGGCUAGAUGAUUCUCAGGGCGAGGGUGUGAACGUAUACCUUUUGACUAGUGGGGUUUUUGAGGAGGCGAAAGACCAUCCGGAGCUCUCCAGAGCAUUAGGGACUGAAGGCCGAAUCAAAGGAUGGCUUCACCACCGCAUGGUAGGUGAUGAGGAGACCGACCGAGAUUAUAUGGAUUUCGAUGGUCAGAUUGCCCCUCCUGUUGGCACAGGUCUCGUGUCUAAGAUUCUAGGUAAGCGAGCGGGACUUGCCAAGAAAGCUGAUGUUUGGAUUGCGUCUCAUGGCAAACGAGGUUGGGAUGGGCCAUGGCCAGCACUCAUCGUCGCCGAACAAAUAAUGGCGAUUCGACAGCAUAUUUUAACCCAACGGGAAACCGAUCCUGAGUAUAAAGCCGUUAUUCAGGUUGCGUCGGAAACUAUUGAGUAUCUGAAGGAGAAAGAAAGGGGAUCAGGGGGCGUACAGUUUCCAAUUAGCAAAAACGAUAAAAACUGGAUGGAACAAAUAUCGAUUAUAAGCGACGAAGCACUCGAAUCACUGAUGCAGUUAGAAAAUAUUAUAGUAGUGUCAAGUGCGGGAGGAUCGCCUAAGGACUUUGGAACUCCAAUAGUCAACUGGCCUGCGGUGCGCGGUCCGGAUUUCAGUAACUUGGUCAUCGUGGGUGCUGUUGACAAUAGCGGGAAUCUUGUUUUUAAGGAAAAAGCUGAGUUCAUCAAGGUUUCUGCGGUAGGUUAUGGGGUUGAGGUCCCCUUUAUGAGGCGGCUAGAGGAUGUUGGCGUAAUUCAAGGCGGAUAUGAGUCUGUUGCCAAAGGCCACCAUCACGCUGCUGCCGCAGUCGCCGGAAUACUAGCAACGCAUCUAUCGUCGAAUCAGGAUUUGGAUGCCACGGGUGCCAUAAAUAAGUUGUACAAUGACGCUUAUGCUCGAACCCAUGGAGGCCCUAAAGUUGCAUGGGUGGGUGUGAGGCCGCCAGCCACGGGCUGUAAACGCCAGCGCGAAGACGAUGAUGAAUCCGGAUCUGGGGCUGGAGAGGGCGACAAGAAGCAGAAGUUGGACGAUACCGACUGUCUCUAUACUUAG